CAUAAUAAUAAAACCCUAAUAAUAAAAAUAAUUCUCAUCACUUUUCGCUCCUCAGCAAAAGUCUAAUCUAAAAAUUAGAUUAGAUUGAAAGGGGGCUGCACAUUCCAGUUUAUUAUCUAGGCGGCCUAGAUUAAUCUUGUUUUCUUUUAGUUUUUUUCCAAUCUCAAUCAUGGACGCCCAAAGAGCUUUGCUUGAUGAACUCAUGGGUGCAGCUCGUAAUUUGACUGAAGAAGAGAGGAAGGGGUACAAGGAAAUUACAUGGGACAGUAAGGAAGUGUGCAGCUUCUAUAUGGUUCGCUUUUGCCCCCACGAUUUGUUUGUCAACACAAGAAGUGAUCUAGGACCAUGCCCUAAAAUUCAUGAUCAAAAGUUGAAGGAAAGCUUUGAGAAGUCUCCUAGGCACGACGUAUUUGUUCCAAAGUUUGAGGCUGAGCUGGCUCAUUUCUGUGAGAAAUUGGUUAUGGACUUAGAUAGACGAGUUAGGCGUGGUCGAGAACGUCUUGCUCAAGAGAUUGACGUUCCCCCUCCUCCUCCUAUCCCAGCAGAAAAGUCCGAGCAAUUAGCUGUUUUGGAGGAAAAAAUAAAGAACCUACUGGAACAAGUGGAGUCUCUUGGUGAAGCUGGAAAGGUUGACGAAGCCGAAGCGCUCAUGAGGAAGGUGGAAGUGCUCAAUGCUGAGAAGACAGCUUUAACACAGCAACCUCAACAAGAUAAAGUCUUGAUGAUGGCACAGGAGAAAAAGAUGGCUCUGUGUGAGAUAUGUGGUUCUUUUCUAGUUGCAAAUGAUGCUGCUGAGAGAACUCAGUCGCAUGUCACUGGAAAACAGCAUAUGGGAUAUGGUAUGGUCCGAGAUUAUCUUGCAGAGUACAAGGAAGCUAAGGAGAAGAAAAGAGAGGAAGAAAGAAUAGCCCGGGAAAAAGAAGCAGAAGAAAGGAGGAAGCAAAGGGAGAAAGAGUAUGAAAGCAGACAUGGAAGAAGUGAGUCAUCUGAGAGGGACAGGUAUCGUGAUCGAGAUCACAAUCGGGAACGAGAUCGAUACAGGGAGCGAGAUGGUGACCGUGAAAGAUCUCGAGAGGGGAAUAGCAGAGAAACUCGAGAGGGGGUUAGAGGAUCAGAUUGGAAGUACAGCAGUUCCCGGAAUGGAAGAGAUAGAAGCAGGGAAAGAUACCGCCAGCGUGACAGAAGCCGGUCACGUUCUCCUGUUAGAUAUGGUAACCGGAGAUCAUCCAGGAGUCCAGUCCGUCAAUAUUGAGGACAUUGGAUGGGUGUUUGAAUUUUAAAUGAGAAGAGCUUUAUUGAGACUGUAUCAUCUCCCUAUCAUCGAUAUAUUUAGAGAGAAAAGGUUGAGGUAGGUAUGACUUCGUUGUUGUAACUAUUCAAUGAUCUAUCUAGACUUUGGUUGAUCUAAUUGAUUUAUCAAUCAUCUGUGAUAUGCCUACCAGAGUUCUGGUUCCUUCUUUUUUGGGAUCACUCUGGGAAUCUUUUCUCAAGUAGUUAUAGAACAGAUACUCUAUAUGUGCAUGGAUAUUACUGCUGCUGAAGGAGUUAACAGUUUGAUCAACUGUGAGGUAACAAGUAAAUUUUGAUUUUCUUAACCGUAAAA